AUGGGUGCCCCCUGCGCCUACGAGAGAUUACAGCGACGACGCCUUCUGAGCUCCCGGCACUUAUUUUCCGUAGACGUGGCAUCUGCUUCCAUGAGCAUCGAGGUCCCGCUGAAGCUGUCCUAUCCCGUCGACUCGAAGCCGUACAUCCCGUCGCUUGUCCACUCAUUCCAAGAACGCAUGGGCCUCUCCGCACUGGCCGUCGAACCCGACAGUCUCGCCCACCACCUCCGCUCCUCGUGGAUCCGGCACGCCCUGGCCGAUCCAUGUCUCAUGCACGCGACCCUAUACGCCGCAUCCGCACACCUCGAUACCCUCCGAAACACAACCGCCGCCUGUUCAAGUCCAAAUCCCGUCACCCUGUACCACCAGACCGAGACCAUCGCCGCCGUAACCGCCAGAAUCGCGUCGGGGGGUGUUCUCACCGAUGCAACGAUCGCCUCGGUCCUCCUAUUGGUCAUCACCGGCUCGCUGCAGACAGACGACGGCGCGACGGAAGCGCAUCGGUCGGGCUUGAUGCGCAUGGUGACGAUGCGCGGGGGCCUGGCGAAGCUAGGGUUCGAUGGGGUUCUGGCGCGGAUGAUCCAGAUGAAUAUGGUCCUCCCAGCCGUGGUCUUCGACCUCGACCAGCUGGACGCAGGUGCCUCUGUCGCCGACGGCAUGGACCCGAACCCGAACUCGCCGGCUUCGAGCAAUCUAGCCGCUCUUGCGCUUGAGAGCCUCGGGCAAAGUACAAGUACGGGCACAAGCGGGAAUCUGUCCGUCACGUUCCACAUGACGGCCAUCUUCGCGCAUGUGUGGGAGCUGCUCGUGGCCGUUGACUGUGGGGAGGAUCCAGAGACCGGACAGUCCCUGUUUGACUUUGCCAGCGCGCGUUGCAUCCUCGAUAUUGAUAUCCCGCCCGACAGCUCGAGCUGCAUGGACAUGUCCAAGACCGAGACCGCAAUGGUGCAGGCAUGCCAGGUCUCCCUGCGCAUCCUGCGGCAUCUAUGCGAUGACCGAGUCGCUCCGCAGACUGAAGAGUCACCACUAGUCACACUAGUCGAAGAGAUGAAGUCGCAUAUCGCCGCCACCGACUCGGCCGUCUGGCUUCGGUACGCGGCGCACGCCAACCUGUGGGUUACGACGCUCGGCCUGGCUGUUUCGACCGAUGUCCAGGGGCGGCUGUGGUUUCUCAUGCACGAGCGGUGCGUGGUGAUGUCGAUGAAGGACUCGCGGCCGGCGCCGCAUGAGAUGGUGUGGGCGUGUUAUUGUUGGCUGAGGAGGCUUGUUCGCGCACGGGAUACUGGGCUGGACAUGCGCAUCGAUUAUCCGAGUAUGUUCGGAGUCUAA